UCCCCACUGUGAAGUACGGUGGUGGAUCUGUGAUACUGUGGGGCUGUUUUUUUCCAAAGGCCCUGGACAAUUUUUUCGGACACAUGGUAUCUCAGACUCCAUCAAGUACCAGCAGAAAUAAAGUCAUAACCUGGCUGUCCAUAGUUUGGAUCUUCCAGCAGGACAAUGAUCCAAAGCACGCCUCAAAAUGAACAUAAAAAUGGUUCACUGACCGCAGUACAGUUUUGCUAUGGCCACCCCAGUCCCCUGACCUAUACCCCUUAAAAACCUGUGGGAUGAGCUGAAGAGGAGAGUCCAAAGUGUUAACCACAUAAUCUGAAGGAUCCGGAGAGAUUCUGUAUGGAAGAAAGAGAACUUUAAAGUAAUUGGUCCAGCUGCUCCUCUUGUUGUUGAAGCUGGUGAAGAUCUGGUUCUGCCCUGUUCUCUCCAACCCAACAUCAGCGCUGAGAAUAUGAUGGUGGAGUGGAUCAGACCUGACACUGACAGUCUAGUACACCUCUAUGAAGAUCAUGGAGACAGAAAUGAUGAUCAAAUUGAUUCCUAUCGAGGACGAACAGCUCUGUUUAAAGAGGAGCUGCAGAAAGGAAACACUUCACUGAAACUCUCAGCAGUCCAGCCUUCUGAUGAUGGAGCUUAUAAAUGUUCAGUUCAGGACAAAUCCUACAGCGACGCCAUUACUGUUCAUGUUGAAGUCAAUGUACACUUAAAAGUAAUUGGUCCAGCUGAGCCUCUUGUUGUUGAAGCUGGUGAAGAUCUGGUUCUGCCCUGUUCUCUCCAACCCAGCGUCAGUGCUGUGGACAUGACAGUGGAGUGGUCCAGACUGCAUCUGGGUGACAGAAUUGUGCAUCUGUAUGAACAUAAUAAAGAUAGAAGUUUUGAUCAGAUGGAAUCUUAUAGAGGGAGAACAACUCUAUUUAAAGAAGAACUGAAGAAAGGAAACGCCUCACUGAAACUCUCAGCACUGCGACUUUCUGAUGAUGGAGCUUAUAAAUGUCUCAUUGAAACUCGAACCUGGGAUGAUGAUAUAAUUGUUUAUGUUGAAGUUAAAGGAAAACAUUUUCAUGCUUGGAAGAUUGCCAUCAUCUGCAUUUCAGUGUUUGCUGUUAUUUUAAUUGCCUUUACAGCUUACAUCAUGAAAGAUAAAUCCUCAAAAAAGAAGCUUUCUCCUAUACAGUGCUCAGUCAUAACCUACAUGCAUCUCCAGUCAGAGAAUGUGAGGAAAGUGUUUGACCUGAAGAAAUACAACACAUCAGAGGAGGGAUGCAGAAGACUCAUCCCAGCUAUCACAAACUGCAGAAAGGCCCGAUUUGUUGGCUGUAAUCUCACUUCACAGUCCCUCGAAAUUUUAAGUGCAGCUCUACAAAUAGAAAACUCUUCCCUGAGAGAACUAGACCUCAGUAGCAGUGACUUGCAGGAUUCAGGAGUGGAGAAGCUCUCUGCUGGACUGAAGAGUUCACACUGUAAACUGGAGAUACUCAGACUUGCUGUGUGUAAACUCCAUUACCAAUCCUGUGUCGCUCUGCAGUCAGUUUUACAAACAGAAACCUCCUCCCUGAAAGAACUGGACCUCAGUAAUAAUGACCUGCAGGAUGCAGGAGUGGAGAAGCUCUCUGCUGGACUGAAGAGUUCACACUGUAAGCUGGAGAUACUCAGAUUAGCUUUGUGUAAUCUUGGGAGGAAUACAUCUGGAUAUCUGGGAUCAGCUUUACAAUCAGAAACCUGGCCCUUGAAAGAACUAGACCUCAGUAAAAAUAACCCACAGGAUUCAGGAAUGGAGAUACUUUCUACUGGUUUGAAAAGUUCACAAUGUAAACUGGAGACACUCAGAUUAGCCAUCUGUAAUUUCACUGUACAGUCUUGCAAAUUUCUCAUAUCAGCCCUGCAAACAAAAAUCUCCUGCCUGAAAGAGCUGGACCUGUGUAGCAAUGAGCUGCAGGAUUCAGUAGUGGAGCUGCUCUCUGCUGGACUGAAGACGGGAGACUGUAAACUGGAGAUACUGAGACUAGCUUUGUGUAACCUUGCAGUAGAGACCUGUGAAAACCUUGGAUCACUUUUACAACUGGAAAACGGCUCCCUGAAAGAGCUGGACCUGAGCAACAAUGACCUACAUGAUUCAGGAAUGGAGCUGCUCUCUGCUGGACUGAAGAGUUCAUACUGUAAACUGGAAACACUCAGAUUAUCUGGUUGUAUGAUCACAGAGAAAGGCUGUUCUUUUCUAGCUUCAGCUCUGAGUUCAAACCCCUCACAUCUGAACGAACUGGAUCUGACCUACAAUCACCCAGGAAAGUCAGGAGAGACGGUGCUCUCUGCCAAACUGGAGGAUCCACAGUGCGCACUGAGCACUCUCAGAGUGGAACAUGGAGGUGAGAUUAGAAUCAAACCAGGACUGAAGAAAUGCUGAGAAACAAACACAAAU